UUUAUUUUUUCACUGUCACAGUGACACAUGUAGAGCAAAGCGAGGAGGGACGGCAGCACAACGCCGGAGAUUACGAGCCCACACGCUUCAUUUCUGACCACGCAGACCAGCAAAACGUACAUGGAAAUUAUUGAGAGUGUUUGUGAGAUCGAGUUGAGCGAGAAUACGAGCGCUUAGGCUUCCCGAGAGAAGGAGAAGAGGCGAGAGAAAGCGAGGAGGGGACGGCACCAGUGGAAAUACAAUCUGAAAACUCCAUUUGCUGAAGUGGCUCCGUAAAGCAAAGCUGUGCAGCACUGCAGCUCUCCAGCCUGUUAAAAGCCUCAUGCCCCUGCAGAGCCUCCUCUGACUUUUAUGGACAUUUUUUCAUUUCAUUUCAUUUUCAAGAGCUUUGAGCCCUGCACCGUUCACAGCCGUCCACGGGACAGAAAGCUUCAGCCAUUGCAUUUAGACGAGGCGUAAAAGAGCAGGGACAAUGGUGAACCCUGGAGGCAGUGCCCAGGCCGCACCUGUUGGAGCAGGUUCUAUGUCAUGGAAGAGGUGUGCAGGCUGCGGGGGAAAGAUCGCUGACCGUUUCCUCCUCUACGCCAUGGACAGCUACUGGCACAGCCGCUGCCUCAAAUGCUCCUGCUGCCAAGCCCAGCUAGGAGAAAUCGGCACCUCCUGCUACACCAAGAGCGGCAUGAUCCUCUGCAGAAACGACUACAUCAGGUUAUUCGGGAACAGUGGGGCAUGCAGUGCUUGCGGUCAGUCCAUCCCAGCCAGUGAAUUGGUCAUGAGGGCACAGGGAAAUGUGUACCACCUCAAGUGUUUCACAUGUUCUACCUGCCGGAACCGGCUGGUCCCUGGUGACAGGUUCCACUACAUCAAUGGCAGCUUGUUCUGCGAACACGACAGACCCACAGCGCUCAUUAACGGCCAUUUGAGUUCACUGCAGACCAACCCACUACUGCCCGAUCAGAAGGUGUGUUAGGAGGGAGGAGUUGUUACAGUGGGACGUGUGCCUUCAUUCCAACCCUCGCUCAUAUUGUCACUGAAGUUCUCUCAGUCCUGACCGCCGCCCCCUCACCUCCGGAGCCUGACCGCUACCCCACAGAACCCACUCCCAGCUCCACCAUCCCCUCUGAUAUCCCAGAAUUCCUCUUCUCCACACCCUCUAACCCCUGAUCGUAGGCGGAUUCCCAGCGCUGAAGCGCUCCUGAUGGAAAACUGAGGGCUCCAUGAACUCCAUGAUUUACAGGAGACACAUCGGACCCUGAGGGACUCAAAGACACAGAGAGAGAAAGUGAGAAAGAGAGAUAAACCUUCAAAAUGGACAUUUCGGGUAAAAGGAAAGACAGCGAAAGAGAGAGAGAAUAAGAAAAACAAAGCUAAUCAGCUGCAGCUUUUCGAAUUGCGGUUCAUACAUUCGUUUGACAAUUAAUAGGGGCAAAAAAAGACUGCUUUUUUCCUUUUUUUUGUUGUUUUUUGGUCCUUACUUCCUUAUCUAUGCUCUUUUUCUUCACAAACGCGGUAUCUCCUCUUUCUAUAUUUUAAAUGUUGUAAAGGGAAUGUGUUUCAUUUUUUGGGGUGAUUCUAAAAAUCAAAAAAGACUGGGUUCUAAGAAGUAUCCGUGGCUUUUUUGUGCAAAUCAAAUCAUGAACACUUGGUGUAUUUGUAAAACUAUCAUGUAUGUAUGCAUGUAAAUGUUUUUUGUCCCAACGUGGCUACCGUACAUUCUCCACCUGACACACAGCUAACCCCUCCCCCGUCCCCUCCUUAUCUGAACCCUGAACACGGCGACAGACACACAAAAAAAGCUCAUAGCCGUCAACUUAUAAAUGCUGAAUGAGAGAGAAAUCUAUUUGUGAUAUUUUCAGAGACAUUUGCUCCAGUAUGGUGUAUUUAAUUAAUAAAAAAAGUUAAGAUUAAAAAGGCACGUCCUUUUUUUCAAUCUUA